UCCUAAUUGCUAUAAUUUGUUUUCAUCAGCUGAGCACCAUUUCGAAUUUUACAAUACACUUUAUUUUUAUUUUGAAUUCAAAACAAAUUGAUAAAAAAAUUCGAUGAAUAACGAUUUCAUCCACACAUUGGGUCAACCAUCAUUUGGAAUGGCCAAUGUUAAUUAUCAGCAGCAGCAGCAACAGGCCCAACAAACUUCGAAUAGCCAUCAAAUUAUAUAUGUUCAACCGCAAACUCAACAACAAGCAAAUUUAACGGUACGUGCGACAGCAGCAGCUGCUGCAGCAACUAUUCAACAGUUUGCCAACAAUCAGUUUACUUCAUUCGUACAAACACCACAACUGCAUACAAAUCAAUCAUCAUCAUCGACGACAUCAACUACCGGUCAUCUUAAGAAUGUUAACUGUAUGCAGAGAGAAAUUGAGCAACUUAAGAAACAAAAUCUUGAAUUACAGAACGAGAUUGAAAAACUUCGACAAGCAUACACCGAAUGUCAAUAUCAAGCCAUGACUGAUAAUGUUAAAAUAUCCAACUAUUGGGAACAAAUACAACAACUACAGAAACACAAUGAUGAACAAUCUCAGCCAUUUUAUCAUAGAAAUUCCGAAGAUCAAUCCCAAUAUUGUGAUGAAUGUAAUUUCGAGGUGAAAUCACAGGUUGCAUUAUUUAUUCAUAAAUUAAACCAUUGUUUUGUAUCGAAAUCGGGUAUUCCUCGCCAUCUUCAACUAUCUACUCGAUCAUUUAGCACAAUGCCUGAUGAUUCAAUACGAUUCAAAUAUCAAUGUCACCAUUGUGAAAUUGAUUCAGAACGAGAAUUCCAGAAGCAUGAAAUCUACAUGCACAUUUACCAAUUUCAUACAUUUGAUGUGCCAUAUAAAUGUAAAUUCUGUUUUCUCUAUUUCACAUCCAAUGCCUAUCUGAAUGAUCAUCUAGCCGAAAAACAUUCUUUGUCAAGCAAUAAUAGUAUCACUAGCCGAGGUAAUUUGAAAAAUCGACGGAUUCGCAAUGAAAAUAAAAUAGCAGUAGCAACUAUCCCUAAUCAAGAAAUAUCUAAUACUGAUUGCUUGAAUUCAACAUUAUCGCUAACGGCUCAUAGUGAACCAUUAAAUAAAUCAUUUAGUCUUUCCGUAAAACGAAGCCGUACAGAUAAUAAAAAACCAACCAGCAUUAGUGAAAUUUUUCAACAGCUAGUUAACGAAACUUCUGAAUCCAAUGUUACGACGAAGGAUAACAAUAUCAAGCCCGAAUCAUCUUCGACAUGUGAAGCGAGCAAAACAUUCGAAUUUAUGAUGCGUGAUGCUAAUAUUCAACAGAUUAUGGCAGAUUUGGAUAGUGACAAAUCACUCAAUUGUAAAUACCCCGGUUGCAACUUUUCAGCCACCACCAAAAGUCAUCUGAAAUUUCAUAUCAGCGCUCACUUAAUGAGCAAAUACAAAUGUCCUUAUUGUACGUUUGUCGCCAAUCGUUUAGUAGAAAUCAAACGUCAUAUAAUGAAAGCAACAAAACAUUCUAAUCAUCAUGUAUAUCUUUGCACAGGAUGUGAUUUUGCUACCGAUUGUGAGAAGACAUUCCGCGAUCAUUAUGUAAGAUCACACGAUUCAACAGCCGAUGUCAGUGAUGUUAUUGAACGAAUGUUUCUAAACGAAUCAAACGAACUAAUUGGCCAAACAAUUAGCUCAGCAAAACAACAAACAAGUUCAAAUAGUUUGCCCAAAGAUUGAAUAUUUUUUGAUUUUUAUAAUGUAAAAAUUUGUAAUUAAACACCGAAACAUGCUUUAAAAUAAUUUUUUUUAAUAAUUUACAAUA